GGUCAUGCACGUGUACAGUACUAUAGACCCUAUCACUGAUUGGGUAGAAACAGCUUUCAAGAUGUCUGCGGCCGUGGUAGAGCAUGUUGUUGCUGAUGCUGGAGCUUUCCUUAAGAAUGCACCUUUACAGGACAUUGGGAAGAACAUUUAUACCAUCAAAGAAGUUGUGAAUGAAAUCCGUGAUAAGGAAACAAAAAAGAGACUUGCCUUUUUACCAUACACUCUUCAGUUCAAGGAUCCCUUUCCAGAGUUCAUUCAAUUAGUGACUGAAUUCUCCAAAAAGACAGGUGAUUACCCAAGCUUGUCGGCUACAGACAUCAAGGUUUUAGCCUUGACCUACCAGCUUGAAUCGGAACAUGUGGGAAUCAACCAUCUGAAACAUGAACCAGAAAUAAAAGUCCAAGUGAGCAGCACUCGACAACAUCCAGAGGCCCCAGUAAAUAUUGCUGGAUUUCAUCUACCUUCAAAGCAGAAGCACCAAAAAAGUGCUGCUGGAACCGGUUCCACACAGUCACAGACCCCAGAGAGCUCAGAGUUCAACACCUUCCAGUUCUGGAGGAAUCCACUGCCCAGCAUAGAAGCUGAUCUAUUAGACUUUCUGAAUGCUGAGUUGGUGUCAGUAGCAGACAGCUCCACAGGUGUAGGGGAUCAUCUUUCCAGAGAGAGUCAUGAUGGGGAUUAUAAAGAAGGGAGUGAGGAAGAAGAGGAAAAGGCUGGGGAGGCUCGUGGUGGUGAUGAUGAUGACGGAGGUUGGAUAACCCCCAGCAAUCUCAAACAGAUUCAGCAGGACAUGGGGUGCUGUGAAACUCCUUCCGAAAUGCAAGUUGGGUGUCUGACUACAGAUUUCGCCAUGCAGAAUGUUCUCAUUCAGAUUGGGCUCCAUGUGCUCUCAGUCAGCGGAAUGUUAAUCACGCAAGCCAGGAGUUACAUCCUGCGGUGCCACGCAUGCUUCAAGACCACGUCCAACAUGACAAAAGUCUUCUGCCCAAACUGCGGGAAUAAAACCUUGAAGAAAAUUGCAGUGACGAUAAAGGAGGACGGCAGUUUCCAGAUGCACUUCUCACGCAACCCCAAGGUGCUGAAUCCCAAAGGAAUGCGGUACUCCCUGCCAAAGCCCCAGGGUGGGAAGCAUGCUAACAACCCCCACCUUGUGGAGGACCAGCACUUCCCACAGCAGCGGCUGUCCCGCAAGGCCCGGCAGAAGACCAAUGUCUUUGACCCCGAUUACACCGCCGGGGGGUCUCCCUUCGCAGAGAAUGACAUCUACAGCCGGGCGGCUAACCUCAACAUCCGGGACAGCCAGUCCGGGGCCGGCCGCCGCAGGGUAAACCCCAACACUGCCAACAAGAAAUUUGUCAAAAAAAGAUGAAAAAUAAAUUCAGCAUGCAAUAUUUAUAUUCCGACUGCUUCGAUCAAUGUUACAGAAUGAAAUCUGUAUGCCUGUAAAAACAAAGGACUUAAAACUAGAGACAAGCAAGCAAUUUUAGACGGGUCUAAGCUCAAAGGGGUUCUCAGUACCUAUUUAGAUUUAAAAAAAAAAAAAAAAAAAAAAAUUAAGUUGCAAUCUUAAAGCUUAA